AUGAACCGAAUGCGGGACGACGAUGACGAGGACUUGGAGGAGACGUUCUUGCACGCUGACAUUCCCAACAGCUUCCGCGAGCUGCGCGCGUGCAUGACUUGCUCACUCGUCAAGACGUUCACGCAGUUCUACGACACGGGCUGUGAGAAUUGCGCGUUCCUCCAAAUGGCCGACAAUCGCCAGCGCGUCGCUGAGUGCACUUCAGCCUAUUUUGAAGGCAUGAUCGCCAUGAUGCAACCCAAGGAGAGCUGGGUAGCCAAGUGGCAGCGCAUUGUUCGCUUGAUCCCUGGGAUCUAUGCCGUGGCCGUGUCAGGGGAAUUGCCCGACUCGAUCAAGCGCUUUCUCGAGGACAGGAACAUUCCUUAUCGCGUUCAAAAUUAG